CUGAAGGUUGCUUCAGGGCACAUUGUGAAGGAGAAAUAUUUGAAAGAUGGAAAGUUUUCCAUUAACAUGGAAGAAUACCUACACAAAGAUUAUUGUCGGGUAUAUAUCGAAGAGCCAAUAUGGAGAAUGCACUGCUCCCGUGUCCCUUAGUCGACGAUUCAUUGAUGACAGUAGGUCAAGCUGUAAAUGGUCAUGUGGCAUGGCCAAAAGACUAUCUUACACCUGUUGGGAAAUAUUUGACACAACCACCCACCAAGAAACUUCAGAAGCAACCCGUGAAGAAAAGCUCUGAAGAUUUACUCGGUCCUCCAACACAGCCUCUAAAACACCCUGGGAGGCCGAGUAAGGCAAAAGUUAAUGCAAAGUAUGCCCAACCACGCCAAACUUCUUCCAUUAUUGCAUUUUGGAACUUCGUCAAAAGGUGGCCCAAGUCAUCCAUGCUCCAAUUCCAAGUCCAGAAUGAGCUAUUUGGGGUCGCAGAUGACUCUUUUUGGCUUGCUAAGAGUGAUUCAAGAAUUGUGCACCAUGCAAUACUUGGGAGCCCAACAAAUAGGAGUUUGGUGCAAGUACCUUAAAGAAAGACUGUUGGACAUGGGUGGGUUGAAUCGAGUUUAUGAAUUUUGAAUCCGGGUGCGAUUGCCACCGAUGCAGGGGAUGAGAGUAAUCGUUGCCAAGCACUAGUCGCUCGAAUGACUAGGAUGACUAAUUCAGAGAAAUGGCUUAUUGCCCCAUAUAAUAAUAGGAAGAUGUUUCACUGGAUGCUUGUAGUCAUCCAGCCAAGUACGCAGACGGUGGCGUACUUGGAUUCAGGCAACGACGAAAUCCCAGAUGAUUUGAACUUUAUUAUAUCCACG